AGCUAUCUUGCACCUGGUCUUAGCUGACGGGAACGGCACUGCCGCAUUUGCGUUGACGUAGAAGAAUGAAAGGAGCUACUAUUGCCGUGUGUGUGUUGGCCACCGCGGCGUCGACGACAGCGUCGCCCUUCCGCGCGGGUCGGGCUUUGACGGCCAUGGACUGCGACAAGGACUGCUCCGACUUGAGCACGGCCUCGACGGUGCUCUGCGAAAUGGGCAAGUACGGCAGCUGCGCAGUGACCAAGGUCGCGCAGGGUGGAAGCUACGUCGUGCGCGGCGUGAGUGGAUGGUUCCUAUCCAGCGACUCGGAUUCCGGUUCGGAUGCCGACGACCAAGGCAAAGCGACGCCAACAGCUGCGUCAAACGCAGGCUCGACCACGGGGUCCCAAGGUUCGUUCCAUGGCUCAGCCACGGGGUCUCAAGGCCCGUUCCAUGAUUCUAUCACGGCGCCCCCGAGCUCGGCGACAGGGUCCCAAGCAUCGGCGACGGGGUCCAAUGGCUCGGCGACGGACGCGCCGCAAUAAUGCGUCUGCCACAACCUCGAGCAACGAGCAUGUGCGUCUAAAAGAGAUAAGCCGUUGUUAAUGUACUACCACUUUAUCGUGCGA